GGCAGUGGGCUGGGCACGGAGGGAGGGCUCGUCCCCUCCGUACGGGGCUUCUUAGUGCUGCCGCUGCCGGCCCGGUCCCCCCACUGUUCCUGCUCGCCGCUUGCCUAUCCGCCGCUCGGAGCAGCUCCCCGGAUCCAUCCCGGCUCGUUCCCGGCUCGUUCCUGGCUCGUUCCCGGCUCGUUCCCGGCCCAUUCCCGGAGGAUGCUGUGCGCGGGGCUGGCGCUGGCGCUGUGCGCGCUGCAGCUCGUCCCGGCCGCGCUCGCCGGGCCGCAGCCGCCGCUGCUGGUGGAGCGCAUCGGGGCCCGGCACCUCCGCAAGGUUGGUGGCUUUGCCUGGGAGAACUGUGGUGACAAGAGUGACCCUGUGGUGUUGCAGAGCCUCUCUGUGGCACCCGACCCCAUCAGAAUCCCAGGGAGCCUGCGUGUCAGUGCGGCUGUCAAAAGUGGCAAGACCAUGGCUUCCCCUCUGAAGGCAGUGCUGCUGGUAGAGAAGGCUCUGGGUGAUCUCUGGAUCCAGCUGCCCUGCAUUGACCAACUGGGCAGCUGCACCUACGACGAUGUCUGCASCAUUCUGGAUCAACUCAUCCCACCCGGCACGCCCUGCCCGGAGCCCCUGCUCACCUAUGGCAUCCCCUGCCAYUGCCCCUUCAAAGCGGGCUCCUACUCCUUGCCAGCCAGCGAUUUCGAUGUGCCUGAUGUGGAGCUCCCUUCCUUUAUGACCAAYGGCAACUACCGUGUCCGGGUGGUGGUCAGCAGUGGUGGGGAGGAGCUCAGCUGUGUCAAACUGGCCUUCUCUCUGCACUCCCACUGAGGGCUGGGACACCAUCCCUCCUCUCCCCAUCAGCGUGGUCCCUUCUCCCGUGCCAUCCAUUUGCACCGCAUCCUGUCCCAACCCAUCCCUGUGAGGUCCAUCCCUCCUGUUGUCAGGAGGAGGCAGCUCCUGUCCCCUGCCUCAGUGCCCCCWCCCCUGCUACACCCAGAAAGGCCCCUUUGGCUGUUCUGCUGUCCCCAAACCCAUCACCAGGGUGUCUCCUGCCUCGACAGGGUGGUCUUGGAGCCUAACCCCAGCUUGACCUGGGGYUGUUAUUUUUUAUCUAGUUAUUUUUAUUUUUCUUAAUCCUAUCAGGGCAAUUUUUGACAGAAACAUUCCAGGGAAAAGCAGUAUUUUUUUGAGCAGUCCGUGGGGAUGAARGAGUGUUUGGGAGUGCUGGGGUAGGCUGGACAGAUGCAGCACUAACUGCAGAGGGUGCUCCCACCUCCCACCACCUCUGGCCAGACCAUGGGGCUGUUUUGCAGAAGUGUCCCCAAAGUGGCUGCASGAGUCCUGUCCCCAUGCAGCAGCUCUAGGUCUUCUGUUGAUGCACCCCUGUCCUGCUUGGGGCACCAGCUUGGUACCAUGAGGCACCUGUGAAGGCACCUCCCCAUGCCCCUCCUGUGGCAAACAUCAGGAACACAAGGGGCUGGGAACCACCCGAGCCCCACACGGACAAUCCCACUUAGGGGGCACCAGGAGGCUGGUGACACUCCCAGCAGCAGAAGAGGUGGCUGGCUGCUGGCUGUGCUCACUCCAGAGGGCGACACAAGGCUGGGUUCAGUUGCUGGGGCACAGCCUGGCCCAGGACCAGUCCCACUCAUCUCAUUUUUGCUCUGGGAGUGAGCCGAGGCAGGACGCUGCACUGGGACCAUCCUUCCCCUGUACUGGAAGAGGCACCCAAACACAAAGCAGCCUCCUGAACAUACCAUAACUGGGAGAUGACCAUGCAGACAGCAGCCUGGAUCCURUUUGAGGGCCUCCUGGCUGUGGCUGGGGACUGUGAUGUGGGCAGGUGUCCUUCCUGCUGCAGCUUCAGKCAGGGUGUGAGUCUGUCAUCACUCCCCUGUGCUAGGUGCCACCAGCCACCCACAUCCCUUGCUGUCUCUGCCUGCUUGUGUUAUUUAGCCCCUCGAYUGGGCUGGUCUUCUACAAGCACUUUAUAUGCCUUAAAUGCUGUGGGUGUUCCUCCAUCCCGCAGACAUGCUCCCACUGCCUUUCUGUGCACCCCACUCGCUUUGUUUCAYCCCGUGGCUUUGCCUGGAGAAGCACUAACCCUCUGCCCCCACUCCCUGCCAGUGCCGGGGCAGCAGCCUCCUUUUGGGCAGGUUCUGCAGAUUCUUAAUAAAUCUUUUUACCAGGAAGUGGA